AUGUAUUCGCAGCAAGGUGAUGGGUCCGGUCAGAACGAAUUUGCUUGUUCUGGAAGGCCGCUGUCGGAGAUGUUCCACGAUAUGAGCGAUUCAGAAGAAAGUGAAGAGGACAGUGACGCAGAAUUUCUCGUGCAUCCAAUUCUUCGGAGUUUGAUCAAAUCCAAAUCCGCCUAUACGGUGUCGAGGAAUCCACCGCGUCUGAAAGCUAGCAAGACGGUAUUUGAGAUUAACAUUUCUAAGAUGUGGGAAUCGACAGCGGAUGAAGAGGCACCAGUGGCUAAUUUCACCCCGGAUCUGGAUUCGAAAUGGCCUGAGCCGGACUCUCCGUCUCCGCGACUGACACAGCGUUCUUCAUCUUCGCGAAAAUCCUCGUGUUGGUCGAGUCCACCCAACAUCUAUGUCGAGCAGUCUUUAUCUCCUUCUUCGAUAGGUCUGGCGUCGGAGUGCUGGUCGGCCCCAGAAUGCCUUGGCUGUGACAGCGAAGAGGAGGAAAGCGCGGCCGAAGUGCCGCAAAGAGCGUGGUCAUGCUGCGAAAUUGACAUCGGAAACGGAGAGUCUAGUGCAUUCUCCGGCGCUUAUCCAGUAAUCGACUCCUCUAAACCAGUACCUUCGCUUUCCUCGGUUCACCUUCCAUCGAGCAACGAUACAUCGCCUGUGCCUCCCUCACCACCCAGACCCCUUUCACCAGUGCUUGGUAAAGCUGCAGUACGCACAAGUCGUAUUUCGGGAUCUGUUUCGAUGCAACUUCGACCGCGACCCGAGUCCUCCACCUUAAUAGACACUUCUGCUUCAGAUGACGACUUACCACAGCAGGACCCUUGGCCACAGCAGGAAGUGUGGCCAGAAGAAGAUAUAAUGCAACGCUCGUUGAGAAGGGGUUGGACAGCAAACGACACCGUCGUCUCGUCGGUGCCUCGAUCGCAGUCCCCGCAGAUGAGCGCAAGCUUUGACUGCAACCCGCCGCCGGAGAACCAUCGCAGCGAUUUGAGCGAGAGCAGAUGCACAGACGCGCAGCUUCGUUUCGUUCCUGACGAGCUCAAGGGCUCUUCUCGCUCUCAACUUGACGAGAUCGAAAGGCGCGAUUUAAUCACAAGGUCUGCUUGGAUUGAUCGAGGAAGCACCAUUCACCUGCAGGAUAAGAUUGAAGGGCAGAGAAGCACUGCUGGCAGUGAUCGCUGCGAAAGUCAAUCCAGCUUCCGCGUCGAGCCCAGCGUUGCCUCCGAGCACAUGCGUCGAUCAUACACCACCGAAGAAUUGAAGAAGGAACGACGACGACUGCCUAAGAGACCUGAUGUGGAGCCAUUUCCAAAUGACAUGCCGUCGUCGAUUUCACUUCAUGGCCACUCACUUUGCCCAGAUGUCCGAAGUUCACGAGAGGAUGCUUCAGUGCGAAACGGUGAUGUGCUCUACUUUCCUACUCCGGCGCCACCGCGAGAUCUUGGGCCUCUUCCUGUUGUUGGUGAGACGUGCCAUCGAACUACAGCAGAUGACUACGAACCUCCAACGCCUGUAACCUUGAAUCCAUCACCGCUUCUGACUGGUCGACGUUUGCCACUGUUACCGGUUUCCUUACGCUAUCAGACGAUGUCAUUACCGCAUCAAACAGUGCAGAAACCUCAAGAAAGUCACACAUUAUGCUUCAUAGAUGGAAUGACAGAUUCUGUGAUGGGAAGGAGCGCUUUCGAGGAUUCGUACUAUGAAGAGGACGGAAUCAACGGGAAUCAGCACAUUAAGCCACGAAAAUCAUUCUUCUCACCGGAUGACUCUAGUGGAGUGUCCUCGUGCACGACUUCUGACAGCCUCAAUCCUACUCAUCGGGCCCAAUCAGCUUUUUUCCCGAGGCAUUCUGACGAAGUUCUGCUUGAUAUUGGAGAUGCUAUUCACGUGGAUCGGACUUGUGAAGAUCAUUGGUGCUACGGAACGAACCUUAGGACGGGUAUGUCGGGAAUUUUUCCUUCUGCAAUUGUUUGUGAAAUCGAUAUAGUGGAAGAAAUUUGUAUGGGAGCUCUACCGUCUAAUGCGAACAAGGUCACAGAGUCUGAGAGGGAUACAUUUUAUCUGACGAUGUUAGCGUCUAUUGAAGUUGGUCACCAUAAGGGGAACGACGUGCUCGUGCAAGCAAUGAACAAGGUACUGUCUAUGUACAAGAAUCACGAAGAAAUCAUUGUUCCGCAGACAGUGUUAAUGGAAGUCUCAUUCCGAGGAAUUCAUGUGAUCGAUAAGCGGCGGAAGAAUUUUUUCCAAUGCCCCACAUUCGACUUCUUCUACAGUUUGCAGAACAUCUCUUUCUGUGGAGCGCAUCCUAAACAGCUUAAAUACUUUGGCUUCAUCACAAAACAUCCAUUGUUGCCACGAUUCGCAUGUCAUGUCUUCUUGUCCAGUCAAUCCACGCAACCCAUAGUGGAAUCAAUUGGAAGGGCAUUCAAGCGAUCCUACGAUGAGUACAUGGCAUUCGCACAUCCUACCGAGGACAUCUACUUGGAGUGA